AUCCUCUCAGAAACGCCCCAAAAGGUGUCCCACAUCGGCAUAGAGGGACCAGCUCCCACACAGCCCUCUCCUCCCCCUCCAGCACCAGCAGCAUCCUGCAGGCUAAUCAGCCUCAGCACCCGCCGCUUCCCAACAACAGGACAUCCGUCACUCGGUCCGAGCGUGAGGUGUUUGUUGGAGUCUUUUUUUUUUUUUUUUUUUUUCCCCCUGCGUGUCCGUGACCAUGGUGGAUAUUUCGGAUUUCGCCUGCCUCCUCGUCCCGCUGGUGAUGCUGGCGGGCUCUACUGCCCUGCAGGCGGACGUGAAGAGCGUGAAAGAGGCGGAAAAAACGGGGAAUUUCAUGGAAGACGAGCAGUGGCUGUCCACCAUUUCACAGUACAGCCGCAAGAUCAAGCACUGGAAUCGCUUCCGAGAUGAUGACUAUGUGCGUACCUGGGAGGAAAAUCAAGGCUCUAAUGACAAUGAAGACACCACCAAGGAUCCUUGUCAAAAGGUUAAAUGCAGCAGACACAAGGUGUGCAUCGCCCAGGGUUACCAGAGAGCUGUGUGUGUCAACCGCAAGAAGCUUGAACACAGACUGAAGCAGCCUGCGCUCCGGUCUCCUGAUGGAAACUGUCAGCCCUGUCCUAUCUCCUCCAGCGGCCCGGUGUGCGGAUCUGACGGACACAACUACGCCUCCAAGUGCAAGCUGGAGCAGCAGGCGUGUCUCACAGGGAAGGAUCUCACCCUGAAGUGUCCAGGUCUGUGUCCUUGUCCAAAUGUGGCCCCUACAUCCAAGGAGGGUAGACAUGAGAGCUGUACCGGACAGGAUCUGUCUGAUCUGGGGGAGCGUCUGAGGGAUUGGUUCCAGCUGCUGCAGAGCAAUGCCAAGCAGAACAACAACAGCAAGCCCGGGGCCAGAGCCACUGCAGCCAGCUCCACAUCAGUGCUGGACAGGAGCCUGGUAGCCAGUUGUAAGGACUCCAUAGGCUGGAUGUUCUCCAAACUGGACACCAACAAUGACCUGUAUCUGGACCAGGCUGAACUGGCUGCCAUCAACCUGGACAAGUACGAGAUCUGCAUCCGUCCCUUCUUCAACUCCUGCGACUCUUACAUGGACGGCAAGGUCUCCACUGCUGAAUGGUGCCUCUGCUUUUGGAGAGAGAAGCCCCCCUGCCUGGCUGAACUGGAGAGGAUCCAAAUACUGGAUGGCGGCAAGAGAAAGUUUGGUCGAUUCAUCCCCAGCUGCAAUGAAGACGGUUACUAUAGGAAGCAGCAGUGUGACAGGGGGGAGUGCUGGUGUGUUGACCAGAACGGAGGAGAAGUAGCUGGAUCUAGGAUCCGCGGCAAGCCAGACUGUGAGCGAUCUCAUCAUUUUGUCUUUGGAAUAGAUUAUGAAAUGACAUAUUCGGGAGAUUUUGGCAGCGGGGUUGGAUGGGAGGACGAGGAGGAGAAGGAAGCUGAGGAGACUGCAGAGGAGGCUGAAGAGGAAGAGGGAGAGGUCGGAGAGGUGGAUGAUGGGGGAUACAUCUGGUAGUUGGCCAACGUUUAUUCCAGCUUCUCCGCAGGAACAUUUUGAUGGUCCCAAGCACACACACACUCACACACACACACACAUCCUGCAGGUAUAUGGACAUGAUGAAUUGCUCACACUGAACAAACACUCACUUAGGAAAAUGUGAGCAAGAGGGUCUUAAUAAAUUGGGAGGGUCAACAUGCUUAUGGGAGGAUUUAACAUUACAGGAUGUUCUUAGCAAGGGAGGGGGAAAUGUCACUGUUUAGAAUUUCGGGUCCUGAGUCGAGAUUUUUGUCCUUCGUACUUGUGAAUCUUUGUUCUCUUUUGUUGUUUGUCCUUUGAACAAUCUUUGAGAAGUUUUCAGCUAUUGCAUAAUAGAGAUUUUAAGAAGCAGGUGCUCGUUAUUGUGGUUGCAUUAAAUUGAGCUUUUUUGGGGUGCAUCUCAAUAGUCCAAAUUGGUUUCUUUCGUGUUUAUAGGUCAACAAUAUUUCAAUAACCAGCUUUGGUUUUUUAGGUGGGAAACUGCCAACAAAGACAAGAAGCCACAUUUGAAUAUUGAAAAGCACCCGUUGACUUUAUAAUUUCAAUGUCAUGCGCUUUGGCUCAUAUGUGACAGUAGUGCUCUGUCUCAUUCAUAAAGAAGCUUCCCCCAUCACUUUAGCUUGUACAUAAUGUGUGUAUCAGAAGACAGAAUGUCACCUACUAGUCAAUGCCUUGAAAGACUAGCAGAUUAUACUGCUUAGCUGACAAGUGUACAUCGUAUCAUAAUGUGGAUCAAAUAUUGUGUUUAAUUAAAAAAAUAAAAUAAAAUAAACUUAUCGCUGUG